UUUUAAAAAAUGAAGGAGAAAAAAAUAAAUCAGUAGAAUUUGGAUUGCCAGCCAUACCACCUCCCAUACUCAAGGCAUCUCAUAAAUUUUCUAAAGACACUCACAAGUAGGCUGGCCACAUAGGGAAUAUACAACAGCAGUUCUAUCCUCAGCAGUAUCAUUAUUUUGACCAUUACACCCUCCAUCCCCAUCUUUUUAAGAGAGAGCAUGCAUUAGUUAUCUCCUUAUGCUUUCAAAUAGUGCUGUAAGAGCUUUCAACUUCCCUCACUGAGUCACUAACAAUAGGCGGAAGGGAUAUUUCUUGUUUAACAUACCAUUUCAAGGCUGACACCUCCACCUAAGGUAUUUCAAAGCUGCCAGUCACCAUGGUAUCUCUGUGCCAAUUAACUGAUAACUAUUUGUGUGAAUAAAAUUCUUCCUGGAUACUUACUUACAGCUUCAGACUUAUGCAAAAAGAACAAGCAAUACCACCUCUACCCAAUUUAAGCUAGAGCAGGAAUUUGGCUGGGCAGAACUGAAAUAUAAAUGUGGCAACACACCACUACUCUUUUAGAAAGGUUUCUGGGGUCACUAAUGAUAUUUUAUAUUACUAUUGAUUUGCACUUCUAGCAUGGUUCAGUUCCCUCAGAUUUACAGUGAUGGUAACUAAACUACAAUACAAGCAAUCUUAGGACCAAGUGUAGCAAAUAACUCUCCUGACAGUAUCAGUGUUCUCUCUUGGUUUUUAAUUUUAUUUACUCACAGUGGUGGGUAGUAUUUUGGUUUCACACUUUUAUGAUCAAUAACAUUGUAAAAUAUUUUGGGAAUGGUGUGCAUAUAUUAAAGCUCAAACAAAACUCUUGGCUCGGAACACACACACACACAGCAAGUUUGGGGAAAGUUCAGCUCUGGAUAUACAUUUUAACUCACUUCCACUUUAACGGCAUGAUGAUCCAAAACCCCAGAUCCACCACCCCUGCCCUGAAAUUCACUGCAAGUUUAAGGCAUAAUCUAGACUUUAUUAAUCACAGUAACUCUAGUUGCUAUUAAAGUUCCAGUGAAAAAUAAAGAGGGGAGUUGCAUUUAAAAUGUUUAAAAAUCCACAAAGAGGCAAGAAAAACUGUGCACAUGAUUACAAUCUGUCAUGUCCAUUCCACUCAGACCUCAGAGAUUAUGACUGUCAUGUGGAAAAUUCUUCAGAAGUACUGUCUGAAAGCACAAGAAGCAUGAGCAUCUUACUGCAAGAGUCUGAAAAGGCAGUGGCAAAAGGGGAGCUAAGCAGAAACCAUACAGUCACCACUUUGCAAUGCUCUGGUCUGCACAGCUCCAUACAAGUAAAUCUCCUUUACUCAGAGAGGAUGUACAGUGUUUUCACAAACAAGACAAACGUUAAAUACACCCUCCAAAGCCUGAAAGUCAUCACUGAUCCAGAUGAGAGUGUUUCUACUGCCCACAGGUGUCUCUUAUUAACAGAUCAUAAACAAAGUUUUCAGACUGAAUUUAAUCUUACAGGCAAAGUGUUUCUAGUGGGGCUAUCAAAUUGCAUUAUUAAUGCAAAGCUGUCUGAGCCUGAAAUUUUUGCAGAGCAACUGCACGCCACAGAGGUACACCAACAGAACAGCAGCUCAGGCAUGGGUGAAGACAGGCUGCUCAGACUAACACGAAGACAAAGCAUCUAUGUCAAAGCAGUAAUCAUAUGUGUCCUGCUACCCUGUGCAUUAGCCUUCAUUGUGUUUGUUAUAUUUGAAGUUCCCUUCCCGAGCAUCCAUGCCCUGGCUGGAGCCAGCAAUGCAACUGCAUUCAGAAAUGUAAAAGACAAGGAGAAGAACACACAGAAAACCCAAAUUCUGUAUCAUCCGAAGGAUCUGUCAUGGUAGGUCACAAAAAGGGAACCACACGGUUUUUUAAAUAUAGUUCAGUAACAAUUAUAUCAUUUAACAAUACAGAUCUCCCUCAAUAAAAGUGAAUGGCACCAAAGUUCUGAAAGUGUGUUAUGAGGGUGUCUUUUCAAGAUGAAAUGAUUUAAUCUUUUUUUUUCCUGCCUUGUUAAAUGAACAACACAAGGAGGUGGGUAUCCAAUGCUUAGAAAAAGGGCCUCGAGGAUUCAGGACAGCAUUGUUCUAACCACCACAUGAACCUACUCGCUGUGUGAUCUGAGACAAGUUACUUAACUUCAAUGAGUGACCAUUUAUUUCUCUAUGACAUAGUUGUAAUACUCAUCUCCCAACAAUACUGUGAGAUUUAGUGUUUGUAAAGUGAUUUGAGAUCUUUGGAGGAAAAACCCUAUACUGUCAAAGACACUAUUUAGAAGAAAGGCCAAAUAAUAGCACUGUAUUAAAUAGGGAAUAUUUCAGCAAGUACAAUGUGAAACUCCAUUUCACAGAUCUUAGAAAUGCUUUGAUUUUUCUUUUCUUUUUUUUUAAAUGUAUAUUAAGCAGCAGUUAAAAGCUGACAGACUUCAAGCAAAGAACAUCAGCAAGGACUGGGCACAGAUUAGUUUUCAAUGGAACAUUAGCAUAAAAAUUUCACAUCACUGAAUGGUUCAGUGCAUAGACCAGUCAUAUAUCUUGUGUAUCAAUGGCCACUGUUGGAAGACAGGAUAUUGGGCUAGAUGGACCUUUGGUCUGACCCAGUAUGCCCGUUUUUAUGUUCUAAU